GGUGGAGAGUGGAGACAGCAAGAGAAGCAUGCUUCAGACUUCCAGCCUUCUAGUGUAGGGGUCAAAUAACCAAAGGGUUACCACUGGUGGUUAUUUUAUCCGCGAGUACUAGUCCCGCGAGUACUUUAGGACUAGGAUACACAGUGAGCAAGUUUGGCAAUUGUAAUAAUGUAAAAAAAAAGAUCUUAUUUGGCAAUUGUGCCUGCAAUAGUAGUCUGAAACAAGGUGCUCUUGUGCACUCGGUCAAACCCAAUGAUGAUAUACGAUGUUUUCAAAAACAAAGGUUGAUUUAUUUGAAGCAAAGCAUUUAGCUAGACAUGAUUGACCGCAGCUCCUUGAGCUUUCGAAGCAAGGACAAUUCUCCAGGUGAGUGAUGUCUGCACCCUAUGUGACCAGUGCCCGGAAACCACCAGCCAUCAAUCUGCUGCUUGGCUGUGUUAUCAGCAGGGAGAUCUGGUUCCGUGUCUUGCAUCUGCUCGGCCUAUCAGCCAUGCUACCUGAUUUGGAAGAUGAGCUCGGUCGGUGGUGGUUGCGCUGCAGAAGCAUGCUUGGGAUCGGAAAGGCCGACGGCCGGGCUUCGACACCUCGGUUCUGCUCGUCUGCUGGACGGUUUGGAAAGAAUGCAAUUGCUGCACUUUCAGAGGAGAGGCGCCCUCGGCGUCGGCGGUGGCCAUUACACACGGGCACGGCCGCUGUUGCUGGAAGACAAUGAGCGGCUCGACGCUGGGUACUCAAGCCUGGCGAUCGGAUCUAGCACUCUAGCUUCGCUUCGGUCAUAAAGGUGUGUUUGGUUGCCAGCCUCUUGGAGCCUGGCUAGUAAAUUAGAGCCAGAUUGCACUUGGCCUGGGUGUACCAAGCCAGGUGGGCUUUGUUUGGUUCAUAGUGUAUAGCUAGCCUGGUUUAGGUGUGAUUUUUUUUGGUUGGGUGUAUAAACUUCUGGUUGUACUAGUGUAGCCAAGAUCCAAUCUGUUUGGUUUGUUAGGACUAUGCUAGUUGAAGUCACUCAUUUCUUUGUUUUGGUGGACUUAUCACUAGUGUCCCUUCAACUUGUCUCCCUUGCUGAUAAAAACGCAGACCACCCCCUCAGUCGCUCACCCCAGCCACUCACCCCAUCCCAGCCUCUUUCGUCUCCCUCUUGCUGCCUCUUCGCUUCUCUCACCUCACAGGUCAACGUCCGUCGGGUCACGUCGGGUCACUGCUGAUGACCUGAUGCCUCCCGCGCUAGCGCUCCCGUCCUCACACACUCACAACCCCCCGGUGCAUUGCACCUGGAAGCCUUCCCAACCCUCGCAAGCCAAGCCUGCUCGGAGUCCAUCCCAUCCAAAUCGAGAUCGAUCCCAAUGGCACCGUCCAUCUCCAUCGGCUCCGCGGCGCCGUCCUGGGCGGCGGGCGUGAACAAGAAGAAGAGCGUCGGUGCUGUAGUGGAUGAGGCGGAGCUCCUGCGGCGGAGGAAUGCGGAGCUGGAGUGUGAGGUGGAGGCGCUGCGGCUGGAGCUGGGCGCGGUGCGGCGGCGCGCCGAGAUGGCGGAGGAGGCCGAGGAGCGGCUGUGCGUGCAGCUCGGCGACGCCGAGGUGGAGGCGCUAGAGCUCGCCCGCGCCUACUAGGCCCAGGUUCAGGCGCUCAUGCUCCCAGACGCCGCCGUCGAUCGAAACCCUGCCGUUGAGCGCGAGAGAGCACGAGGGCAAGAGGGCGAGAGAGUGUGCGAGAGCAGCCGCGGAGUGGAGAGACGAGUGAACAGUAUCCCAGCCGGGUGGUGAG